AUGUGGAAUACUGGGCAAUACUUUCGCAACGAUCUGAUUUUGCUGCCAUUCUGUGGCAUCGAGCGAUACAAUCUGAACGAUACGAGAGCAUUGGAAAAGAUGAUUGUUGUAGGCUUGAUGGUGUUUUACUUUGUGAUACAAAGUGGAUAUGAAUCAAUCAUCAUUUCGUUGAUCUCAGAAGUGCCUUUUCAUCCCGAUAUAGAGACGUUGGACCAUCUUAAAGAACAAAACAUGCCAGGAGAAAAUGAAGAUGGAGAUAUAGUUAAAUUUAAUGAUCUAGCACCAUUUUGGACUGUUGUUGGUAUAGGAUGGACGCUUAGUAUUGUGGUGUUUAUGUUAGAACGUUUUACAAAUUUAAGUAUGGAACUUAAGCUGAAAGCACCCCAACGAGAACCAUAUGGAAAUGAAGAUGAAAUACAAAAACGAAUAUGA